AUGGUGAAAGCCAUAGAGUCCGGCAUUAGUAGCUUCGCCCUCCUGGCUUUUGUUGCGAAUGCAGCCGCAUUGCCUACUUUGCCAGCUCGCGCAUCGAGUCUAUCGAAUACGGAGACAUCAUUGACAUUACUAUACCAGAACAAUCUCAACGGCAGCGACGACGUCAACCAUAUCUCAGCAAUACUGCUCGACGAUUUCUCCCUGGACGAUGCAGCAGCUGCGUGUAACAUUGUCAACGAGCAAUUGCUGUCUAGAAAUGCCAUCCAGGCACACUACGAUGACUUCUACAAUCAGCUCUCCUACCUCGCCUACUCUGGUCGUGCGUCGCAGAAUCAACAGUAUAUAAUCAACAACGGCAUAGUCGCCUUCAACCAACGCCAGCACUGCUUAGAAUUCAAGCCCAAGCCUUACGGAAACCCUUGCCUGCCUGUAUUGUGUACCCAGUCUGCCAACGCAAGCCAACCUACUGGCGCGAAUGCUACUGCACAGAACGAGAUCACCAUUCCUGCUGGCAGCAACACUUUCCGUGGGUACCGCAACCUGAAGUCAUGGCGGUUCAGCGGCAUGCCAUAUGCAGACCCGCCAAAGCGAUGGCAGUAUAGCACAGUUUAUUCUGGCAAAGGGCAGGCUCUAGAUGCUACCACGUUUGGAUCGCAAUGUGCUCAAGUGGGUGGUGGAAGCGAGAAUUGUCUGUUCGUAAACGUCCAGACACCAUACCUUCCGAAAGCUGGUUCGAAGCAGCAUCUCAAACCUGUGUACUUCUGGAUCCAUGGUGGUGGCUUCAACAAUGGCGUGGGUAGUUCUGCCGGUACUGAUGGUGGCAACCUUGCUAGCCGGGAAGACAUUGUGGUUGUCAGCAUAAACUACCGUCUAAACACAGCUGGUUUCUUUGCUGUACCUGGCACUAAUAUCAUGGGCAAUUAUGGUAUCGCCGACCAACAAACAGCUCUCCAGUGGACAAUCGAGAAUAUUGCAGCAUUUGGUGGCGAUGCGAGUCAGAUCACUAUCAUAGGUGGCUCUGCAGGUGCCGGAAGCGUUCGUGUUCACCUUGGCUCGCCUCCAGCCAUUGGGAAGUUCCAGGGCGCCAUCGCUCAAAGUAAUCUCGGUGGAGGUGUCGACCUCGGACUCACUGGGAACUAUGCUACAUCUUACAGCUCAUAUCUGACCAUUGAGCAAAACUAUGACAUUGCCGGCCAACAAAUCUUUCAAGAAGCGAACUGCACGCAGUCGAAUCUCGACGAUCAGAUCGCUUGUCUUAGCAAAGUGGACGCCGUUGUAUUAUCUGAGCUCAUGACAGUGGCGAACAAGGUUGUACAAGAUGGCCACUACGUCAAUACCGAGCAAUUGAUCGUUUCUGUCAAGAAUGGCAGCACAGCGCAUAUUCCUGUAAUGUUCGGGACGGCAGAAAACGACGGAGCAUCUUUCGACAACUACCCGCAUUCGAACAAUGUGACUAGUGAGCUUGAGGGUCUGCAAACUGAGCUUGGAAUUAGCGCAUACUAUGCACAGUCCAUCAUUAACUCUGGUCUGUUCCCUUACUACGACACUGGCAACAAGACCUUGGACUCCUUCAAUAUCAGCCAGCGUAUCGCAACAGAUAACCAAUUUCGCUGUGUCGACGAGGCCACUGUGUACGCCGGCGCCGUCACCGGAGCCUUCCCGAAAGCAUAUUACUAUCAGAGCAAUCGUGCGCAGAUGGGUUACGAUCCAAAUGGGAUCGGUGCGGACCCAGUAGAGCCUGGCUACCCUCUCGGGAAUCCUUAUGCACCAUACUUCCGCGUCCAUGGCUCCGACCAGGGCUGGUCGUUUGGCAACCUGUAUUACUUCCGGGAUCUGUAUGAUCUGUACAGUCUACAGCUCGAGUCCAGCUACUAUGCCUGGUUUGCGAAGACUGGUGACCCUAACGCUCCUCUGGCAUAUCUGCAAGCCAGAGGAUACGAUAUAACGAUUCAAGGCAGUAAGCUUAGUGGUCCGUGGCUACCUGUGCAGGGAAAACAAGGUCCCAUCAAGCUUCUUGACUGGCCUUCUAUCAGCUCCGGUUUUGUUGACGUACCUCAAUGCACCUUCUUGAACUACACACUUUCAUAUUACCUGACCGCCAACCGAGGAUGA